AUGUCGUCUCCAGAGAAACCAUUUGUAGUUGUGUUACUUGUGCAGCGUGGCAUACAUGUGAAGCUUCUGGACCUUGCCGAUAAGGAAGAUGAGCGACCGAGAGCUACUCACUAUGGCCCUCCCGCAAUCUACGAGAUGACUCGAGCUGGAAUCAUAGACGAAGUUCGGGAAGCAGGCUUUGUUCCCGAAGGCGUUGCCUGGAGAAAGCCCGACCUCAGUGUCAUCGCUGCGAUAAAUUCUACUAUCUUAGAAGAUGAAGCGUCAAAGAUGGUCUUUCUGCCUUUGAAUCAAUUAUCUAAGAUCCUUGUUAAACACUUGAGUGCUACGCCACUCGCCUCCAUUUACUGGCAACAUAGAGUCGUCGGCAUUGGGCAGGAUGACGAGAAUGCAUGGGUGGAGGUUGAGACGCCGGAGGGAAGAAAGGCAAUCUUAGCCCCCUACAUCGUUGGCUAUGAUGGUGCAAAUAGUCAGAUAGGCCACUCCUUGUUUGGAGAUUGGGAAUUGCCAGGAUACACCUGGAAAGAACAGAUAGUUGCUACCAAUAUCUACUACGACUUUGAGAAGUUCGGUCUCGGUCACGCAAGUUUUAUUAUCGAUCGCGAAAAUUGGUACAUGGCUUCUCGAAUCACAAACGACAGACUUUGGCGAGUAACUUACGGCGACAUACCUGGUUGUACUGACAAUGAGCUUAGAGCUCGGCAGCUGGAAAAGUUCAGGAGAAUGCUACCUGGGAAUCCUAGGCCAGACCAGUAUAAGUUGAUUGGUUUCAGUCCCUACAAAGUACACCAAUGGCUUGCGAAGAAGAUGAAAGUUGGUCGAUUUUUACUUGCAGCUUUACUUGCAGCAGACGCUACACACUUAUGUCAUCCUUUUGGUGGCCUGGGCCUUACCGGAGGUCUGGUCGACGUCUGCGGUCUGUCAGACUGUUUUGGUGGCAUAUACGAAGGGAAAGCUGACGAUGAAAUCCUGGAUAAGUACGAUGAGAUUCUUCGUGCAAAAUAUACGGAUAUCUUCAAUCAUAUCUCAACCGAGAAUUUUAAACGGAUCUUUGAUCAAGACCCGGAAGAGGCGGCCGAGAAGGGAGAUGCGAAGAAGUCCCAUAAAUUUGCACUCGGGGCGAAUGCAAUCCAGUAUGACUUUACAAAGCACUACAAGAGUAAGACCACGAAUUAG